AUGUUAAAGUGGUACAUUUCGGCCAUUUGGUUCACUCUUCUUCUUUUCUACUACUUCAAAUAUAGUUCGUUUAAUUGUACUUCGAUAAAUUUUCUAUAAGUCUUAUAACGGCGAAAAAAAGUUUCAUAAAGCUCCCGAAUUGUCUCUUUUUGCACUGCCCUUGUGAGGCCAUUUGGGAAAUCAGAGUGAAAACCGCACCUUGUGGAUCAAUUUAAAAGUCCCAUUUUUACCGGAGACCAUUCUUCUCUUCUCAGAAGCCUUCAAUUUCAGAACAAUGUCCAGAAUUUUUCUGCAAGCCCCAAUUUUCUUGUAGCGGCAACCGGAAGGCGUACAUUAUUUAUAAUGUGAGUUUCAGACCAAUUGAGAUUCCGAUUAAUCUGACUUUUGAACAAGAAAAACGGAGUUUUUUUUUCGAUAAGGACGCUUGAAAUCUCUAAUUAACGGUUUUUUCAUGAUUUUUAUAGAAUCCCAAGUUUGAAGCUUGCUAGACAUUUUUUUACUCGAUCUGGAACUAGAAGGCCCUAAACUAUUUCAUCCUGGGACUAAAAACACAUUACUUAUUACACCAAACGUUACAGAUCCACGAAAUCGGUGUGUAUGUGAUAACUGUGUUCACAUUGAUAGCUUAUAUCUCCAUCUAUCGACAUGUAAAAGAUUUGACUCGGAUCUCGACGGCGAAAAGAAACUUUGAGAAGUUCAUCCUGCUUCAGGCUAUGCCUAUGACCAUUGUUAGAACGGUUAGAGAUGAAUAAGUUUCAAGAAGUUUGAAAAAAUUUCCUCAGAUCAGAGAAGUCGCGGUUCUUGGGCUCGUAUCAGCUCGUGCUUUCAAUGUGAAAACGCUCAAAAUCACUAUUUCUAGAGAAGACUAUGAUGUUUUCUGUUUUUUCUAUUAUUUGGAUGUCCUGACAUUGGCUCUAGUUGUACCUUUAUCGUUCAUUCUCAACCGGAAGAACUAUCCACGCGCCGUCGCUUUCAUAAAAAAUGAUUUGGUUUAA